CACAUCGGGGAGAAAGUGGACCCAGUGAUCGAGCAAGCGUCCAAAGAGAGUGGGCUGGACAUUGACGAUGUGCGUGGCAACCUGCCCCAGGACCUCAGCGUUUGGAUCGACCCGUUCGAGGUGUCCUACCAGAUCGGGGAGAAGGGACCCGUGAAGGUGCUAUAUGUGGAUGAUAAUAAUGAAAAUGGAUGUGAGCUGGAUAAGGAGAUCAAAAACAGCUUUAACCCAGAGGCCCAGGUGUUCAUGCCCAUCAGUGACCCCACCUCCUCGGUGUCCAGCUCCCCGUCGCCUCCCUUUGGCCACUCUGCCGCCGUGAGCCCUACCUUCAUGCCCCGGUCCACCCAGCCUCUGACCUUUACCACUGCCACUUUCGCCGCCACCAAGUUCGGCUCCACCAAAAUGAAGAACAGCGGGCGCAGCAGCAAGGUGGCCCGCACUUCUCCCAUCCACCUCGGCGUGAACGUGAACGUGAGCGACCUCCUCAAGCAGAAAGCCAUCUCCUCCUCAGCACACUCUCUGUACGGGCUGGGCCUGGGCAGCCAGCAGCAGCCGCCACAGCAGCCCGCCCAGCCGCCGCCCCCGCUGCCACCCCAGCAGCACCCGCCGCAGAAAACCUCUGCGCUUUCUCCUAACGCCAAGGAAUUUAUUUUUCCCAAUAUGCAGGGUCAAAGUAGUAGUCCCAAUGGAAUGUUCCCAGGUGACAGCUCCCUUAACCUCAGCCCUCUCCAGUACAGCAAUGCCUUUGAUGUGUUUGCAGCCUAUGGAGGCCUCAACGAGAAGUCUUUUGUAGAUGGCUUGAAUUUUAGCUUAAAUAACAUGCAGUAUUCUAACCAGCAAUUCCAGCCUGUUAUGGCUAACUAAA